GCCCGUCGCCACGACACGUUAGCAGGCUGUGCGCAUACGAGAGCACAAUCUGAGCCAUUAUAACUGGCGGGAGCGGUGUAACUUUCCCCCCCGAGAGAGAGAGAGAGAGCGAGAAAGAGAGAGAGGGGGUAGAGAGAGAAGUAGGCAAAAAAAUAAAAAAAAAUAAGAUCCAGCGUAACCAGUCCGCCACCUAGCUGCGGAGACGCGCCGACGGAGAUCCGUCGACUGUAUGAUUAUGAAAACACCCGCGCCAAUGUUGUUGCACAGUAGGCUCUGCGCUCUGAUGGGACUGAAACUCGGUUUUAGGGGGUGUUUUAACCUCCGCUGGCCUUAGUUAUGUAAUCAAAGCAACAUCUAAUGCACCAAAAAGCCGUGGAUCGCCGCUGGUGCGAAGGGGGAGAGCAGGACAGCAACACCUUAACCUCCUGCCUAAACGCAGUUGGCUCUGGGACGCGCUCUCGGGUGUAACUGUAAAGGACAUCAGAGAGACCUUCCCUUGCCGGAUGAAGGUACAGAGCUGCACUUGGACUCUUACUGGAUCUUUUUUUUUUGUGACCCUUGUGAUCGACACCUGCAUUCUGCUCUUCACCCUUGACCCCACCAACCCCACUGGAGUCGUUUAAAAGUGUUAUUCUGGUAACCUCACAGCAUCCUACUUCUCCCCCCGACUUCUCUGAUGGACCAGAGAGUGAAGGGGGGAACCCCUCCGACCACAGCCUCCACUCUGGACCCCGCCUCUGCACCUGAAGACUCUGAGCAGGACCAAGUGGCAGAGAAAAAGAGGAGAGGGGAGGUAGAGAAUGGCGAGGCAGUGGGAAAAAAGGAGGAGGAGAAAAAGGGAGGAGGAAGAAAGAGAGAAGGAGACAAGGGGGCAGUGCUGGAGCUGCUCAUCGAGGGGCGCUGUGGCAGCGUGGGGCAGCAACAGCUUCAGCUCUCUGGCAGAGAGGCCAGCUGCCCCGAGGGGAAUGUAAGAGUCCGAAUUGGUCUCCAAACCAAGCGCACCAAGAAACCGCCCAAGAUCUUGGAGAGCUACGUCUGCAAGCCCACCAUCAGGACCUAUCAGAGACAAGGCAGGGGGGGUUUGCUAAAGGGCGAUGGAGAAGGAGGGGGAGCGGGCCAGCAGAGUAAAACCAGCUCUGCCCCAGACGAAGCAAACAGAGAGCAACACUCAGGCUUGGAUGCUGUCCAGACCACAUCCAAACAAACUGCAUCUGCUGCUUCACCACCAGUUACAUCAUCGAUACAGUUGUCGUCUUCGUCAUCACAGUCACUGUCGCUGUCACCGACAUUUUCUACAGCUUCUAGCCCGGCCUCUGUCCCUGUCGUAACCAGCCAAGGGACGAAGUCUGCCAAACAGGUUCCUAUCAAGCUGGCCGAUAAGACAGAGGUGAAUUCAUCUGAGAGAGUGAAGAAAGACAAAUCUCAGAGUGUCAAUGGCCAGCCCGUCCUUGCAGGACCCAAACCCUGCUCACCCACAACAGACCAGGCAGCUUCAACUACUCCUUCCAGCCCAUGCAUCCAGACGCAGUCUCCACUGGAAACCAGGAAUGACGAAAACACCUCCAAGAAGCAUAAUGGUUUGGUACAGACAACCAAACAGAAGGGCCUGUCCAAUGGGAAAGGCUCCUCUAACAUUCUUGGCACUCCUACUUCAUCCAAAGUCAAAGUUGGAAAACACAGCACUUCCACCUCUACUUCUUCCAUGGACUCUUCAACAAGACCUCCAGUCUCCACUGGUUCCCAUAAAGAACUUAGCCUUUCCAAUAAGAGCAGGCCGGAAUCUCCCUCAAUUACCCCAAAACCGCAGUCAUCCCCCGCUGUGGAACUCUCUGUCCAAUCCCAAGGUCAUGAUCCCUCUGUAGAGCACCCACUGGAGAAAAAGAGAGAGAAAGAGAGAAAAGCGAAAAAAGAGAAACGCAAAGACAAGAAGUCGAAGCGAGAUAGGCUGGAGGCUGAUAAAGCAAAAAACGAGGGCAGAAAGGAGGAGGGUAAGAAGAAGAAAAAGGAAAAAGGGAAGGAUGGGAAAUCGAGACAUGGCAAAGAAAAGGAUGAACGACAUAGAAGUGAUGAUAUACGGAAGGAUGAUCUAAAGAGUGACAGAGGAAAGGUUGAGAAAAAGAGGGAUAAGCUCAGCCCAGACAGACAAAGAAUAGAGGAUAACAGUGCAAAAUGUGGGGAAACAGCUGACAACGGCAAGCUAGAUAAAACCUGCAAAUUAGUGAAUACAAGCAGACCAGAUGAGAAGGAGAAGACAGAUGACAGUUGUAAGUCAGUUAAACAAGCUGAGGCAGCAACAACAACAGGUGACACCAGUAAAUCAAAAGAACAGGACGUCUCAAGACAUUCAACAGUGCCUCCAAGCCACCCCUCCUCUUCUGCUCCUCCCCCUGUGCCCACGCCUUCUGCCCAUUCUCCCAUUUCUCCCCCUUCUUCCCCACAAGAGCAGGAUAGCCGACCGCUCAAAAAACGUAAAGCCCGAAGGCCCAGCUGGACCAAGCUGGUGCACCGGGCUCAGAGAGUGGAAAAUCAGGAAGCCCCUUCUGAUUCACUACAAAAUCCUUUGCUGAGUUUCACCCAGAACACCAAGACGUCCCUUCCUGCCAAAGCCACUAUUCAGCAGAGUGAUGAGUCACACCCAGCAACCUCUGGCUCCCUAACCAGCAGCUCCUCCCCAGUGUCUUCUGCAACCAAACCUCCAACCCCAAAGCAGAAUCACCCCACAUCAGAAUCCAGCCCCCCUUCUUCCAGAAACCCCAUAAACACGGUCCGAAAAAGGGGUCGUCCUAAAUCCUACAGCUCUAGUUUAGACGAACCUCCCCCUCAGCUUACACCAAACGAUAUCCCAACUGAGGUGCCUCUCCGGGGCUGUGACGGAGUUCCGAAAGCCCCUGUGCUGGAGCCAAGUGCAAUACUGCAGUGUGCGGCUCAGUCUAAAUCCAGCCCCAAGAAGCGUGGCCGGCCUCCCAAACGACCUUUCCCCGAGGAGGCGAGUGGAGAUGCACUAAAUCACGCUGAUCAUACAGUGAGUGGUAAAGAUUUUCACCCCCCUGAAAAGGGAAACAGGCAGCUAAAGAUCAGGAGGCUGAUUAAUGAGAUGAAGAAAAGAAAGAAGAGGAGAUUUCACAAAGUAAUGCUGUCUGGGUAUUUAGGAAAGGAAGGAAGGGCAGGAGAGGCAGCAGAUGGUGAGACUUCUCAGAGAAUGUGUAAAUCGAUAGAGGCUACAACAGUACACACACUCUCAGCCCUGUCCUCUUCCUUUGGGAGUAAGCUAGGCCCUCAGAUCAAUGUGAGCAAGAGGGGGACCAUCUACAUGGGCAAGAGGCGAGGACGCAAGCCUAAAUCCCAAACCGCUAACCUAAAUUCAAACUCCCAGAACUCCACUCACUCCUCUCUGUUUACCAGUCCCUCGGAAACUUCUCUCUUCUCCACUAACCAACCCCAGCCUCCUCCGUCUCACCCGUUUCCCUCCCCAUCUCUUACUCACUCCAGCGGGGCCCAGAGUCCUUACAGUGAGGGCAGCCUCGCAGAACCAACGUCCUCCCUACUUUUUCCUCACCCCUUCUCUCUCCCCUCCCCAUCCUCCUCCUGUACCUCCCCCCGUCCUCCCUCCUCCUCAUCGCUCUCUCCCUUUGUGAAGAAGAGCUGUCCAUGUCAGGGAAGGCAUCACUUCCCCUUUCACCAGUCUUCAUGUAAGCUCUCUUGCCCCACCCCUCCACUGCAUCACACACCUGGCUCUCCUGGCCACCUGAAAGAGGCCACCCCGUCCCCGAGGAGUGAAUCACAUAGUGAAGAGACCCUGCCCAGCGACAGCGGGAUUGGAACAGACAACAACAGCGUAUCUGAGCGAGGGGAGAUGAGGGGACCUCGGGGCGUGCUGAGGAUGGGUCAGGGGUCAGGAGCGAUUCUAGGUGGUCAAAGGCACCUUUCUUCCAUCAUGGACUGUCCCUCUCCAGUCUCUUCGCCUCUGUCUCACAUCCCCAGACACACCAAUCCCAUGGCCAACUCAAAUACCAUGGAGCGGCACAGAGACCGACAUCGACACAGGCGCAGGGAUUACGAUUGUUCUCCUUCCUGUACCUGCUUGUGUCCCUGCCCCUGUCCAGGACACAACAAGUGCACUCAUUCGGACUAUUAUUCCUGUGUUGGGCACAAUGCACUGAAGAGACAGAAAAAUAAACACAAGAAGAAGCACCAGCAGCUGCACAUGCAGGACCCAGAGUUUCUGGCCGAACUUGAAGAUUUAAUCAGUCAGUUCAGCGAGGUACAUAUCGGACGGCGUAGUUGGGCGAGGACAGGACUGGGACAGGGCUUUGAUGGGAGUGCAAAUGCUGCCGGAGGAAGGCGACAUCAUUCCUCCUCUCAUUCCCACCGCUCCAACAUUUUCAGGAUCAAUCUAAAUGGCUUCUACUCUCCUCACCCCUCAUCUUUCUCUGCUAAUCCCACGUUCUCCCCGCAGCCUUUCUACCCUUGCCACUGCAACAGAAAGCCAGACCGCAGGCAAUGCGGCUGCCCUUCAAAGUUUCAGGAGACCAUUGAGAAUAUGGGCUUCUACAACAGCUAUCCCACAACCACAACACUUUACCACCACCUCCCCUCCUACACGCUUCCAUCUCCCCACCAGUAUGCCCCCCAUCAGCCCCACCACGCCCACUUUCUCCUUAAUCCACCUAGGUUCCACAGGCGGAGGAGUAGGCUGCUGAGGGAGGGAGCUUUAGGAGGGGAAAUUGAAGGGGAUAUCGGGGUAGGCAGUGGAGGACGGCCACACCUCGGCUCAGGGUUCACAUCCGGCUUCUCUUACGGCUGCGGGAGGAGCGAACACAAACACAAACAUAAACAUCGUCACAGGCACUGCGAACGAGACGUGGACGAGGAGGAGGAGAUACACGAGGACGAGGAGGAAGAUGGAGUGGAACGAGAGGGGUUGGCCUGCUCAAAGUCAAGGUUGGGGUUCGUUUUGGGGCAAGGAGAAGGAGGAAGGAAAGGGGCAAGGGGAACAGGGAGCAUGCUGGGUAAAGAAUCAACUUGGUUGCGUGAGAAUGGAAAUGAUUCCUUUUCCGCUGUCGCUGCUGCCGCUGCCUCAUCGUCAUCGUCCGCAGACAGGUACAAACACACUUCGCUCACGUCACUGGGGCUGGGAUCCUCUCACCUGUCUUCAUUCGGAGGAGGAUGGGGCGGCUUGGGUCAGAGCUGGGCGAAAUUUGGGAGUCUGGGAGCUACAGCGUUCGGAAACUCAAUCCCCAGCUGGAGAGGCUUCACCGGAGACCAGCAUGCAGGAAGACUGAUCGCGUCAGACGGCGAGGACGAAGAUGGUGACGAGGAUGUUCAAGAGUCGCACCUGUACAGGACGUCCCCAUCGCCGACACACACCAACCUGUUCACGUCUGCUGCCAUGGCAACAGGAGGGAGGGGUCUGAGGAGUGGAUUGGCCAUUAGGAAUCAAGGAAGUGUAGAGAGGUCGUGGAGGAGAGACGAACCGGCGUGGACAGAGAGGAGAGACGCAGGUUUACAAGGUGACUCGAGAAGCCGAGGGCAGCAGAAAAGUGUGCCAACGUCAGACAGCGCGGCGCUGAAGAACAAAAGAAGGCCAGGACGGCCCAGGAAGCACCCGCUGCCCUCCUCUGUGUCCUCCCCCGCACACUUAUCUGCAACGCCGUCCAUGUCCUCACCUGAAAUCUUGCCAGGACACAGCCACGUCAGAGAUGAGAGAGAAGUGGGAGGGAGAACAGAAGAAAGACUGCCAGAGAGAGACAGGGGAGGAGGCGACACGGCGCAGCAGGUGACGGAGUCGGAGCUGCAGGCCAAGAGGAAGAGAGGACGGAAGAGAAAACACAGUCACUCGCCCUGUCAUCAGAGUGUCGCUGAGGAUAAAUCCGAGUGCGACGCCCUCCCUGAAUGUUUUAGCCAGUCAGACGUCGACCAGGCUCCGUCCCAACCGGUAACCAUCCAAAGAGAGGAAAAGGCCGAUGGUCCUCCCAGGAAGAAAUUCCUGAGGGCAGGUCUUUAUUCUGAUGAUUACAAAACUACAGACCCCCCCUCCCAAACCCAGAAGAACUGCAAAGAGAACAUGGAGUACACGCCAGGGGAGAACGAGUACAGCCUUUUACCUGCUCCCAUCCAUGUCGGGAAGUACCUGAGGCUAAAAAGAAUUCAUUUCCAGCUGCCCUAUGAUGUGAUGUGGCUCUGGCAGCACAACCAGCUUCACCGGCAGCCUGCUGUCCCCCUGAAGAGGAAGCGGCGUUACUGCCGGCUGAAAGAGAGGACUGCAUCAUCUCAGCAGACAGCGGAGGAGAGCUCCAGUGACAUUACCAGCUUGUUCCCGCACCUCGACAUGGAGCCUUUGACCAGCAACGAGAGGAGCUUUGUGGUGAAGCACCAUGUGUUCCUUGUGAGGAACUGGGAGCUGGUGAGAGACAGACAAAUCCGGAUGAGAAUAGAGAGGGAGAGAGAACGAGACGCAGAGGGAGAGGGAGAGGAGGGCGACUCACGACAUCUGUCCUGUGAAGGAGCCAAUGGGGACGACAGCCACAUCAAGUCAGAUCAUCCAGUGGGGGUGGAAGUGACGGUUAUCAGCAGUGACCCCCCCCACCAAAGUCAGGACACCUCCAGCUCGUUCACUGCCAGCCCCUGUCCCACCAAAACCCACAGCAGACAUGAGGAGGAGGGAGAGGAAGAAAAACAAGGGGAAGGAGAAGUUUGCAGCAGAGAACAGAGGAGGAAACGGCUGAAUGAUUUACUUUUGAACCUGCAGCAUUCAUAAGCUAAAAAGAGGGGGUGGGACCACUCUGAGAAAGGGACCAGGACCCACCACUGGACAGAUGAACUGAUGUCACAACGCUGCUGUUAACAAUGGCAGUCCCGCAGAGAAGAAGCGAGAAAAAGGAGACGAGAUCUGGUGAAUUAUACCAGCUGAAAAUGCAAAAGAAAGACAUCUCAAACGCUGACAGAUGAGUGUGUUGAACCUAGUUUUCUGAAGGGCAUCCACAUCAAGGAUGAAACCAUGGCAACACAUCUUUUGUCCGAGCGGUGAGGGAUGAGAGAAACAGAGAUAGACUGUCCCGUAUGAAAGAAAGAAAGAAAAAGAAAGAAAGAAAGAAACAGACCAGCUGAAAUGAAUUUGCACUAGUGCUGAUUGAACAAGCACACUAAAGACUGUAUGUAUGCUGAGUGGACACACUAUAAACACACACAUACUGUACACUUUGAUUGCUCUUACUUCAGCACCUUAAGCAAAUUUGGGAAAGACGGACAUUGCAGGGGAGUUUGGAUAUGGACUUAUAUGGUACUCAGCAUUUCAGCUCCGACGUUUCCAAGAGACGAGGAGCUCGCAGGCUGCCCAGAGCAAUACAAAAUGUAGCCUGGGCCCUAAGUAGGUCAAAAUUGAACGCUCAUUUAGUUGUUAAGCUUUCAAAGUCACAUUGCACCUUUGGGAAAAUGACACGAGAGGAGACGUGAGCCAGUUAAAAGCUGUUGAGACAGUGUUAGGGGGUUUUCUUCACUUUACCAAGACAGUGUCUGCUAUGUACCAGUGAAUAGGCAGGGGAGGGGGGUGGGCUUAGUGAUAGGAAUUUUGGCAUCGCUGCAAGAGAAUUUCUAAUGAGGUUUUAAGAAAGAAGUUAUUUUUUGGAGAAAAAAAAAGACAGCUCGAGUCGUGUCCGCUAAAAGGAAUGGACGAAAUAUAUUCACGAUAGGAAUGUUUAUUGUUAACUAUUUUCAGUAUUGCUUCUGAGGGAGGAGAGGUGGACGUGUAAAAAGUGUUUUUGUUUACUUCAGACUGCCUUUGAGAAUGUUUCACUCUUUGCUUCAGAGCAUUGACAAUCAGAAUGUCCUCGGCAGGAGGGAGGAAGGAGAGCGGAAAGGGAAUGAGAAUCGAUUUGCCCCAAAUGCUCUGUAGAAGUGCCAUGUUGUCUUGUGUACGUACCUAAGCGAACUCAUGCAGUCUUUAAAAGCAAUAUCUCCUCUGAUAAGGACUAUAUAAGAACUUCCUUUUUAAGAAAAACAAAACAAAAAAAAAACAAAAAAAAGUUGUGAAUAUUUGAGGAUCGGAGGUCAUUUUUCUGUACAGAUGCAAAGUAGUUUGUUCUCAUCUUAGGAACAUCGGGCUAAUCCACUUAUUGGAAGUAACAUAAGCGUUUAGUUACGUGUGAAUGUACAGUACAUCGAGAGACCUGUUUUCUUUCUGUCAGCAGUAGCGUGUAAAAUUAGUAUGAUACACAAUACAGUCUGGAUUAUACAUGAAAGUUAAUAAACCUUUCAUUUUACUAAGAUGUUUUUAAGAAACUAUACAGCUGACCAAUAUAUCAGACAUUUUUCCUUAAAGUUGACUAUGAUUGUAUAUGAUUUAUUUUGUUUUGUUUUUUUGUAGGACAUAACUUGUCUGUUUGGUUUGUUUGGGUUUUCUUUUAUUGGUUGUUUUUAUUUGAUUUUUUUUAGCUGAGCGUUACUUUUGUUUUUGGUCAGACAAUCAGUGACAGUGACUUAGUUUUUCCAGUGUUACAUUUCUGCUCUCUUUCAGUAGUGUGGCUUCUAAUAACAAGCCAAGAAAGUGCAAUUUCUUUGACUGUUUACAUACUGUAUGUAUAUUUUUCCCUCUUUCCUUUUUUAAACUAAGAGCACUACAUUAUUGCCAGUGGAUGAUUAACUUUAUAGCAAAGGUACACGUAAAGAGUUAUUUAUCUAGUUUGCAUGACAUGUAACCUUUGCCUGUUGCCUCUGAUAAUGUGCUUAAAAAAAACAAACAAACGAAAAAAACAGUGAUAACUCAACGCCAUAGAAUGUCAGCUCAAACUUUUUGCCUCUGUAUCCAUAAUAAUAAAAGCAUUUUAUGUCUACUAGUACUAAACCCUGAAAGCUCGUGGUGUCUCAGCUUAAAGACCUCCUUCUUGCUUUGUGUACUAUAAGGGGACGGGGGUUAGCACAAGUUGAUGUUAAUCAGCUUGAGCUAACAGUGCUAUCUAGUGGCGUUAGAUUGUAUAUCUCACAAUGUGUUGUCCUCCAUAAUGACCCACAAUGGAGGACGCUACCACAGAAACGGUUACAAGAUGGGGGAGGGCUGCAGCUCGCCCUGGAGAUGUUUUCUCCUCUUUCUGCCCUUCAGAACGUCCAAAAGACACCCAGAGAUCUUGAUCUGAGUAAAUAAAGUGGGAAGAUUAUGAUUUCUCAGGAGCUUAAAAGAGUUUUGGGGUUUUUUUGGUUGUUGUUGUUGUUUUUUUACAGGAUACUACAUUGUGAGCUUUCCUCAUUUCCUCUGUAAUCUUGCACAUUUCAGA